AGCAACAAUAGGCCUUUGAAUGCAGAUGCGGGUGCCUGUAUCGAAUGUAUAACACACAGCAAAAAGAGUAUGCAGAUAACUUGACGUUAAAAGAUUUCAAAUAGGAAAAAUAAGGUGGCUAUACAACCAUGGACACAGAGGAAGUAGCAGCUGAAGCACCUGCAGAAACAGCAACCGAGGAAAAAGAUGCAACUUCAGAGGAAAACAAAGAGUCCACGACAAGCACAGACAUCCAGGAUCAUGUCACGGACAAAAACCAAGAGGAAGAUGCAGCUGCAAAGGAAGACGAAGAAGCUGUUAUUGACAAGGAAGCUGAAGAAGCUGUAAUUCAGAAAAAAGAUGAAGAAGCAGUAGUUCAGAAGGAAGGUGAAGAAGCUAUAAUUCAGAAGGAAGGUGAAGAAACUAUAGCCGAGAAAGAAGGUGAAGAAACUGUAACCGAGAAAGAAGGUGAAGAUGCUGUAACAGAGAAAGAAGGUGAAGAAGCUGAAACCGAAAAAGAAGGUGAAGAUGCUGUAACCGAAAAAGAUGGUGAAGAUGCUGUAACCGAAAAAGAAGGUAAAGAUGCUGUAACCGAGAAAGAAGGUGAAGAUGCUGUAACCGAAAAAGAAGGUAAAGAUGCUGUAACCGAGAAAGAAGGUGAAGAUGCUGUAACCGAGAAAGAAGGUGAAGAAGCUGAAACUGAGAAUAAAGGUGAAGAAGCAGUACUCGAGAAGCAAGAUGAAUCUUCUAAAGAUGUUGACAAUCCUUCUUGUGACUGGUUGGAGCCACUUGAAGAAGAUUGUGAAGAUGUUGAUUCUCAGAGCGUCGAUGGAGAAGUUGAGAGCGUUGCGGGGAGCGAGUUUAGUGGGAGUGUAGUUCUGAAAAGCACUGGAGACAGAGGUGGAAGAGGUGCUGGGAGAGCUAGAAGGAAAACACAGUUCGAGGCUGAUGAAGGCUGGGAAGAUUGGCCGGCAUUGGGUAAAGGAUGGAAACGCAAGGAGGUUUUUCGCCGAUCGGGCACCAGUGAAGGACGCAGUGAUACAUAUUAUAUAAGUCCAAGAGGUCGUAAAGUAAGAAGCAGAGUUGAGCUUACAAAACACAUUGGCCAUUCUGUGGACCUGACAAAUUUUGAUUUUAAAUCAGGCCAGUUUCUUGGAGAAGGGGCUCGAAGAAAACCUAGAGUGAGAAGGAAAAUGGAAUCUCCUCUAGCACAACCUGAAACCUCCCUUACACUCAGUGUUCGAAGCGAUUCGGCAGAUGUCCAGCGACCAGCGUCUUCAGCAGGUUUCGCUACUGCUCAAAAAAAGAGCUUGCAUUCAACUCAGAAUCCUCCAUAUGCCACCACUGCAUCGAACCUCAGUACCUUUGUGAGUCCUGGGACAAAUAAGUCUUCAUUAAGUGCCACUACUCAGCCUGUUGUUGAUCUGACAGAAGAUGCUGCAAAUCCAACUCCUCCUGUAGUGUCUGUAGCCUCAGAGAAACCUGUCAAUGGUGCCAGUGGAGGUCCUAGACGUUUGUUUGGAGUCUGCAUUAGAUGUAAUAAAACCUAUUCUUAUGAAGAAGGACAAACUUUGUGCAAGGACUGCAGGAUAGAGAAUAGAGCAUUGGCAAGCAGAAAACCAUACAAAAAGUGGGUUCCAUGUGGUCGAUGCUGGGCUUGUCAAACAACAGUGGACUGUGGGAAAUGCGUUAGCUGCAGAAAUGGCCGGCUGCGCCAUCGACUUAAUAUCCACUCUCGUAAAGUUGUUAAAUGUCGCAAACGGAAAUGUUUACACCCUGUUCGUAGGGAGAGGGGUUUUAAGGAUUCAGAGGGGCAGUUUUCAAACAUGGAAUCUUCAAUGAGCACAGAACCCUCAGUCUCAGAAGAUUAUGACGAAUCACAGAGCUCCUAUUUGCAGUACAGUGACUCAGAGGAUUUGUCUGUGUUCUUUGAGGGUAAUGAUGGUGACAAUGGCCUGGAUGAGAUGGGUGUACCAAAGGUGCGUCGCCGUUCAUGUGGAAAGUGUAAAGGCUGUGUUCGUCGUACAGACUGUGGAACCUGUGACUUUUGCAUGGACAAACCCAAGUUUGGAGGCAGAAAUAAAAAAAGACAGAAAUGCCGUCUACGACAAUGCACGCGAGAGGCAAUGGUGGGCUUUUUUUACACCAUUACUUUUAUUCAUAUGGAAUAA